AUGUCUACACCAGAAGCUGAUCAUUCUAGGGACCCAUGUCCUAUUGUCAUUUUGAACGAUUUUGGUGGUGCCUACGCUAUGGGUGUCAUUGGUGGUUCUCUCUGGCAUGGUAUCAAAGGUUUCAGAAACUCUCCAUACGGUGAAAGAAGAAUAGGUGCAAUCGCAGCCAUCAAGGCACGUGCUCCGGUUGUUGGUGGUAAUUUUGGUACUUGGGGUGGUCUGUUUUCAUUCUAUGACUGUUCUAUCAAGGCCAUCCGUAAACGUGAAGAUGCAUGGAAUGCCAUUAUUGCCGGUUUCUGUGUAGGUGGUUCUCUAGCAGUUAGAGGUGGAAGGAAACAUAUGCUACAUUCUGCAAUCACUUGUGGUAUCUUCUUGGGUAUCUUAGAAGGUGUUGGUAUGAUGUUCCAAAGAUAUAUGGCUUAUGCUAAUAAGCCUGUUGCAAUGCCAGAACAAGGUGGCGCAGCUCCACUUGCUGCUUGA